AUGACUUUGACCAACGCCCCACCAACCGCUACUCAGGCGACUGGGUCGUCUCCGAAUGCUGUACCCGUCGAAGCAAUGUUCAGCCUCAUCAUGGAUGCUGUCCGAGAGUCGCAUAAGGACAUCUCGGAGCUCAGAAAGGAAUGCCAUGAGCUUCGUCUGGCAAAUGCAGCACUCGAGAGGCAAGUUCGGGAGGGACUUCAAUGGAAUUUGCACACAUCGCGUAAUGGAACGCCGGGUUUUAUGACCCCUGCCCCUGCGAGUCCAAGGUUACUUCCAAAAUCGCCAUUCCUCAGCCCCCCAGUUCCAUCGGUGCCGUCAAUCACCACGUCUGGCCCUGAAACACCAUACUUCAAGCCAUCGCCUUUGGGCGAUAAUGCUCUCACCGCAUUCCCGUACGGGACCAGGGAUAUUCCUGGAUUCUACGUGGUAAUCCCCGCUGGUGGCGCAGGUACUCGCCUCUGGCCGCUUUCCAGGGAGGGACACCCCAAGUUCCUUCUCGACCUCACCCUCAAAGGCCGCUCCUUGAUCCAAGCAACUUGGGAUCGUCUUCUCCCUCUCUCCUCCGCAGAACGGACCACCAUCGUAGCCGGCCCUAGUCACGUCAGGUCAAUUAGGGAGCAGCUACCCGACCUUCUUCCACACAACCUAUUCACCGAACCUGGUCCCAAAGAUUCAAUGGCAGCCAUUGGUCUUGCCGCCGCUAUUCUGGCGAAACGCGACCCACAAGCCAUCAUUGGUUCCUUCGCUGCCGAUCACAUGAUUUCUGGCGACGAUGCCUUCCUCUCUGCCGUUGCAGAAGCAGUUGAAGUCGCGAAGAAGGAUUUCCUUGUGACCAUUGGUAUUGCUCCGUCCCACCCAUCGACCGGAUUCGGUUAUGUCAGGCUUGGGGAUAAACUCGGCUUCAAGGAAGCACCCAAUGCUCGUCUAGUCUCCAGCUUCAAAGAAAAGCCCGAUGCUCGUACAGCAGCAUCCUACAUCGCGACGGGUAAUUAUCGAUGGAACGCCGGCAUGUUUGUGACAAAAGCGACAUUCCUGCUCGAGCUCCUGAAAGAAUACCAGCCUGAGCUGCAUGAUGGACUUAUUCAGAUCGCAGAAGUUUGGGACGAUGAAGUUAAACGUCAAACUGUCCUCGGCGAAGUCUGGCCAGGUCUAGAGAAGAUCCCCAUUGAUAACGCCGUCGCGGAACCCGCUGCAGCUGAAGGGCGUGUUGCCGUUGUUCCAGCUACUUUCGGUUGGGACGAUGUUGGCGACUUCUCUUCUCUGGCCGAUCUUCUCCCUGCGGAGGCCAACCAGCCCCGCGUUCUUGGUGAUAGCAGUUUUGUUCUCACAGAGCAAGUAGCAGGUGGCAUCGUUGUCCCAGGUUCUGGGCGCUUGAUUACUUGUCUUGGAGUGGAUGACUUGGUGAUUGUUGAUAUGCCAGACACCCUGCUUGUCACGACUCGCGCUCGUUCGCAGGAGGUCAAACGUCUGGUGAAGAAAUGCCGCGACGCGGGCCACAAGGACCUCCUUUGA